UGAUAGUGUAAGUUUAUUCACGCUUCGAAUUGAAUAAAAAUCACAAGAUUUUCGUCACUUUUAGCUAAUAACAUUUAUUAAAUUUAAUAAGAAUGUCAAAUGGAAAAGAAAUAUUUUUUGCCGAUGAAGAAGCAGCAGGAAGCAAGUUAAAGAGGAAAGCAAAGGAAUCUCCCUUUAUGAUCGCUGGAUUGGGAGGACUUGUUGUUGCAUUAGGAAUUGCUGCUUACAAAUUCAGACAUCGAGGCAGCAUGCCAACAUCAGUUUUCCUCAUGCAAACUCGUGUAGCUGCACAAGGAACUGUCGUUAGUGCUUUAACAAUUGGUGUAGCUUAUCACAUGUUCAACAAAUGGAUUCUACAUGAUGGUGAAGACGAGUGAAUAAUGCAAAAAUUAAUGUUACGGCUCUCACUUGCGUUAGAAAAUUAUUUUACUUUUUUUUUUCAUCUAAAAUUCGCCAAAGAAAGCGAUAAUUUAUUUUAUUAAUAUAAUUUAAAAUUGCUAUAAGUAAAUACAAAUAAUUAGUAAUGCAAGGAUUAUACAAGUCUAAGCAGGAAGUUGGAACUGAAUUAAAAAUGAUUAAUUGAUUCUUCAAUGAUAAAGUGUGAAUCAAUUGAGGACGUGGAAAAUUGCAGCAUCUAAACGUGACUGGUCUAGUAUUAUUGCAAUAACUUGUUGAAUAUUUUUGUCUUAUCAGGAAAAGAAAUUUUAAAGUAAAAUUUAAAAUUUCUUAAACUUAUCGCAGCAAAAGGAACAAAGAAUUUAGAUUUUCAUUUCUUAGAAAAAAAAUAUCUGAAUCUCUGGAGAUCUUCAGAAUGAAAAAUAUGUAGAAAUGUUUUAGGAGAGUUAUUAUUAAUGUUAUUGCUGCACUCAUUGUUACAACUGUAUAUGCUUUAUUUUAUGUAAUAAAAUUCUUUCAAAAUCUUAAAAA